ACGUCUUAUCGUCUGUGGUGCAGCUCUAGUUCUUUCAAUGUGUUUUGUUAAAAUUAGCAAAAAGUUUGCAGUUUGUGUGUAUUUAUUAAUUUGUUCCUCGUAAAGUAGUGUUUGACUUCCAAAUCUAAAAAAUUGCAAGUGUGUGAAACUAAAUGAAAGAUGUCGUAUGCAGAAUAUGCCACAGAAAUGCCAAUGGACAACAACUAUACCACAGAGAUGGAAAAACGCGUUCUUCCAAUUGAGUAGUAUAGUUGGUAUAGCUGGAUAUGGAUACUGAUUAGAAGACGCCAAUUGCAAAUUGGAAAUCACAAACACAAAUAUAUUAGUAUUUUAAUGAAGAUAACAAUAAAACAGUAAACAGACUCGGAGAUAGCCUAGCGCACACACACACAUUCGCACGCAUGGACACCCACACUGUGGCAUGUCCAGAAGGCAAGCUGAUCUAUUGUAAAUAAACCGCAUACAUACGUCUAUUGUGAACUAGUGCUGUUCUCGGUCACGUACGCCGUUUGUUGUUGCAUUUGUGUUCUGAGCCUCAAACUAUUGCGAAUUUGUUGAAGACAUUUUUUAUCGAUAACAACUGACGAGCCGACCGGCAUGUAAGAAAAAAGUGCUGCAACAACUUCUUAAUUAAAGUUACAGAUCGCGUUGAUUAACGUAGACACAAAAUUAAAAACAGAAAAAGAAACACAAAAAUGACCGAUAUACCGCGUAUUAUGGUAUUCCGUCCCACCUGGGAGGAGUUCAAGGACUUUCCCAAAUACAUAGCCUAUAUGGAGUCACAGGGCGCCCACAAAGCCGGCCUGGCCAAGGUGGUGCCGCCCGCCGAGUGGGUGCCACGUCGCAGUGGCUAUGCGGAUUUGGAUGCCUUAAAUGUAACAAUUCCCGCACCCAUUUGCCAGGUGGUUACUGGAAAACAGGGAUAUUAUCAACAGAUCAAUAUACAAAAGAAACCGCUGACGGUUAAACAAUUUAGCGAAUUGGCCAGCACCGAACGCUAUGCCACGCCGAAGCACUUUGAUUUCGAAGAUCUGGAGCGCAAAUAUUGGAAGAAUAUAACCUAUGUGGCUCCCAUUUAUGGCGCCGACGUUAGCGGCAGCAUUACAGACUCUGAUCAGGAUAGCUGGAACAUAAAUCGUUUGGGCAGCAUAUUGGACUUUGUCAACAAGGACUAUAAUAUACAAAUUGAUGGCGUUAAUACUGCCUACCUGUACUUUGGCAUGUGGAAAACGACAUUCGCCUGGCACACCGAGGACAUGGACUUGUAUUCGAUCAACUAUUUGCACUUUGGUGCGCCCAAAACGUGGUACGUGGUGCCGCCCGAGUAUGGAAGGCGUCUGGAGAAGAUCGCCAAUCAGUAUUUCCCGGCCAGCUAUAAGAACUGUAAUGCGUAUUUGCGACAUAAAAUGACGCUUAUUUCGCCACAGAUACUUAAGCAACACAAUGUGCCAGUCAGCAAGAUUACCCAGGAAUCGGGUGAGAUUAUGAUUACGUUUCCUUUCGGCUACCAUGCUGGCUUCAAUCAUGGCUUCAACUGCGCCGAGUCCACAAACUUUGCCAUGGAACGCUGGAUUGAGUACGGAAAGCGUGCAACGCAAUGUACCUGCAGCAAUGACAUGGUCAAAAUCUCAAUGGACACAUUUGUGAAACGUUUCCAGAGCGAACGUUACGAUGCGUGGUUGGAGGGACGCGACCUUGGCCGUCAUCCCGAGGAUCCGCCCAAUGUGGUGCCAACUGCGGCACCACUGCCACCGCAUCUCGAUGUCCUCCUGUGUGAUAAGAAAAUGAAGAAGCAAUGCAAUCCCACCAAGGCGAAGAGUUUCAAGGAGCGUAAUCCUGAUUUGGACUUGGAUGAAAUCCAACAGAAUCCUAAUGUGCCCGAUGAUGUAAAGGCCAUGUUAAAAGAAAGCGUGCUAACGCUAAACGAAGAAGAAACUGAAUACACGCCCGAGGAUACAAUGAGCCUUCAGAGUCCUGCCGACUUCAAGACCAAGCAGGAACUGCUCGAGUACAUGGACGAUGGCACUGAGGACGACGAUGAGGAGGAGGACUUUAAGCGGCGCAAGCAAAAGCGUAAAUAUGAUGCAGACUACGAUGAUGACUGGCUGGCGAGCAAGCGUCGCAAUAGCUCACGCAACAGCAGUCGCGGUCGUAGUCCGCGCGCCAACAAAGACGAUCGCUCCAUCUCGCCGGCAUCUUCCACAUCCACGUCCUCCACAUCGAGAGGGGCACGCGGCGGUGGUGCGCGUGCUAAAGCGAAUUCCACGCCGCGCAAAACGCCCACAAAGCGGAAAAAGGAGGUGACAGCUAGCAGCAGCAGCAGCAGCGGCGGCAAUGUGACUGCAGCAGCAGCAGCAGCAGCAUCCCCAUCAGACAGCACAGCAGCAACAGUUGCAGCAGUCACUGAGAGAAGCAGCAGCAGCAGCAGCGUUGGCGCAGAUGCCAAACGCAGGCUCAACGAACAAACACAGCAACAGCCACAGCAGCAGCAACAACAACAGCAGCAACAGUUGCAAUUCAUGCAACAGUCGCGUAAAUUCGAAGGCAAAAUACCAAAACUAAGUCAGCAGCAGCAGCAGCAGCAGCCGCAGCAGCAACAACCGACAGCAGUAACAACAUCUAGUCAGCAACAGCAACAGAAAAUUGUUAGCAUCAACAUGUUGCCCGCAGCGAACACACUGAAUGGCAUUCCACAGCAGCAACACCAGCAGCAGCAGCAGCAAUAUACCAGCACAGAUGGCAAUGUCUAUCAGCUGCAAAAUGAAAUUCUCUGUGAUGCAAAUGGACAGGCGACAACAGCAGCCACGGCCACAUAUCAGACAGCAGCCGCUGCCGUAGCCAGCAGCAAUAGCAGUCCGCAGCAACAUGUUGCUACCAGCGUUGCCGACAAUGUGGUCACAACUAUUAGUUCGUCCUCCAUCCUGCACACGAACGCCACAACGAAUGGAGCCUCGGAACAGCAGCAGCAGCAGCAGCCACAAUAUCACUAUAUAACCACAACGGGAGAGGAUGGCCAGACGCCAACGACGAUAGUCUUUGAAAACUAUAACGGUGGCUUGCCCACGACGGCGGUUAGCGCCGCCGCAGCGACGCCCAUCGUUAGCAGCGUAGAUGUUGGCGGUGUAGGUGCAGGUGCAGGUGCAGGUGGUGCUGGCUCAGCGACAACGACAACAACCACAGCGCUAGUCAACACUGACGGCACUAUCAUCGAGUUCGAUGGUAGCACCUACGAGGAGUACCAUGUCCUGAAGAGCGAGAAUGGCAGCAGCGAUUGCUUGAGCAAUGGCAGCAGCGCCGUCGCAGCGGACAUCAUAAAAUACGAGCCGCAGCAUGUGGGCGAGGAUGAGGAAAUGCUGGAGGAGGAUGAGGAGAGUGGACUGCAAGUGAAGUACGAGGAGCAGAGCAUGGAGCACGAUCAUGACUUCGAGGAAUAUCAAGUGAUCAAGGCCGAGGUGGAGGCCGAGGCGGCCGAACAGGCAGCUGGCACCACCAGCUACACAAUCAGCGGCCACGACGACCAGCACCAGCAGCAGCAGCAACAGCAGCAGCAACCCCAACACGCCAUCAAUGAUGCAAUGCCUGGCAUGCUCUCGAAAGCGGCGGCAGCCAAGCAGAAACGCAAACGCAAAACGCGCGUCAUUGCGGAGGACGAGCAGGGCGAGUAUCUGGAGAAGAUGAGUGUGCGUGGCUUAGAUAUAGCGCGCUACGAGCACAUCAUCGAUGGCGUGGCCUAUUGCUUGGUCUGUGCCAAGAACGACAUCUUCAAGACGUUCAAGAACAAGUACAGCUUCCAGCGACACGCGUAUCUCUUCCACGAGGGCCAGAAUCGCAAGAUCUUUGCGUGCCCCAUCUGCAACAAAGAGUUCUCGCGGCCAGACAAAAUGAAAAUGCACAAAAAGGACAAGCACGGGGAUGUGCCCCUGCCGCCCAACUCGGCGGCGAGUACGCCGCAGAAGGCGGAGGCAACGGGCACGCCGGCAGCGAAACGGGCGCGCACCUCUAGAACGCCGCGUGUGCGUAAACUGAAGUCGGGGGAUGCGGCCACGCCUAGUAGCACGCCCACCAAAAAGCGUUUGGCGCAGAUUGACAGCGUACUGGAUGAGGUGCAGAAUGCGGAACAGCAACAGCAGCAGCAACAACAGCAGCAACAACUACAGCAGCAGCAGCAGCAGCAGCAACAGCAACAAGCAACAGCAGCUGCACCACAGCAGCAACAACAGCUGCAAACGUUGCCCUCUCUCGACUUUAGCGGCAUGAUACUGCCAGGUGGCGCGCAGCUGGCUUUGGCCAAUCCCGGCGCCAGCAGCUCUAUGACGCUGCAACGUGGCCAGGCCACGCCCACGCAGAGUGCACAGCCAACGACGACAACGUUGAUCUACUCCAAUCAGCUGGAGUUGCAGCAGGCGCUGCUGCAGCAACAGCUGCACGGACAGAGCAUUAUGAUACAGGAUCAGGCUGGCAAUCUAGUGCCGCUGCAGCUGGAUGGCACGCAGACCAUAUACACAACGGCGCCAGCGCCGCAGCAACGUGCGGCAACAGCAACGUAUCAAACAACAACUCAGCAGCAGCUGCAACAGCAGCAGCAGCAGCAACAACAGCAGGUGAGCAGCAGCCAGGCGCAGACGCAACCCACGCACUACGAGUUGGACAAUGUGACCUACCUCAGCUCGACGGCAGCAGCCACACCCACGCUGCCCAACGAGCAGCAGCAGCAGCAACAGCAGCAACAUGUCAUCGGCACCGUGCAAAGCUAUCAGAUACUAACUCCCGAUGGCUUGCAAAGCUUUCAGCCCAAGCUGGAGACCGGCGAACUUGGCGAUCUGUGUCCCUACACGAUGAGCGCCACAGCAGCGCCUCAGUACACAUUCACCACGCAUGCGAGCGCGCAGCCUACGUUAAAUGCGAAUGCGCUAGACGCGCAGCAACAUCACCAGCAACAGCAGCAGCAACAGCAGCAGCAACAACAACAGCAUCAAUCGCAUCAGCUGCUGCAGCAGCAUCAAUUCAGUCACAAUCCGCAUCAACAGUUUAUGGAGCUAAAGAAUGAGCUGCUGAUAAAGAGCAGCGACGCGUAUACGCUGGAUGCCGCCUCCAUGUACCACCUGCCCUUCUCGCCCACCUCGAUGAUAAAUGCGGUGAACGAUGUGAACACCUCGUCGCUGCUGGAGACCAAAGAAAUUAGCUACGAUAUAUCAGAAGCCGUGCUUCUAGCGCUCUGAAAAAGCAACACGACAAAUGCGACAACUGCAGCCAAAGUACCAAAAACAAAAAAUAAUAAUAAAAAUGAUCAAAUGAAAAUAUUGAAAAGCAACGCAAAUGGAAGCCAUUUACAAUGCAAAACGAAAGAGAAAACAAAUUACUAAAUGCGUAUAUAUGUUAAAUAUGUUUUUAAUCGUAACGCUUACUCACAAUACUCAUUUAACACACACGUUUUACAACACUCAACACAAACAUACAUGAGGAUGAACUCGCAUACAUUCAACUUAUACAGCACUGCUUGUUCGUGAGUGUCUGUGCAUGCGAGUGUGUGUGUGUGUGCGUGUGUGUGUGUACCACAUCAACGACAGAAAACUUCGCACAUUUCAUUAAUUUUUGCGCACUUCAUAAACAUUUCAUUUGCAUUUGCAUUUGCCUCACAAUGGACGCCCUUCCCAUACAC